AUGCCUAUACAUGCGUGUGUUGCACAUCAAAUUCAUCAAGAAGCUCCAGUCAACAAACUUCAAGUGAACUCGAAAGUUGUUCUGACUGGAUUAAACUUAACAUCGAUUCCCAAUGAAUUAAUAAAAAACAGAGAGUGUAUAGAAACACUGAUACUGGACAAUAACAUGUUGACAGAAAACUCAUUCAACAUGCCCAAAUUUCGAAACCUUAAGGAACUAGCAGUAAGAAAUAAUAAGAUCCGCAAUAUUGCUGUUUUUAUGGUCAAUAUCCAGAAAAACUGUCCAAACUUAGAAGUUUUGAAAAUACGAAAUAAUCCGAAUUGGCCAGUUAAGCUGAAAAAAGAAGAGUGA